UCAAUCUAUCGUCAGACUUGGUCGGGGACGGUCGAGUUGUAGAGAUUUAUUUUUUAGCAUAGUAAAUUUGUAGCUAAUUUAAACAGUCAACAAAUUGUUGAGAUUUCUGCCAAAAAUAUGAAACUGUUUGUGGUGCUUAGUGUGCUGCUCGUCGGAGCCCUGGCCUCGGAUGGACCCAAAGUCACUGAUAAGGUGUUCUUUGACAUCACCAUCGGGGGCAAGCCAGAAGGCCGGAUCGUGAUCGGUCUGUUCGGUGGCACCGUCCCGAAGACGGCCCGCAACUUCAAGGAGCUGGCCGAGAAGACCACCGUCGGCGAAGGCUACAAGGGCAGCAAGUUCCACCGCGUCAUCUCGGACUUUAUGAUUCAGGGUGGAGACUUUACGCGCGGCGACGGAACCGGCGGACGGUCCAUCUACGGCGAGCGGUUCGCCGAUGAGAACUUCAAGCUGAAGCACUACGGCGCCGGAUGGCUGUCGAUGGCCAACGCCGGCAAGGACACCAACGGAUCGCAGUUCUUCAUCACGGUCAAGGCGACCAGCUGGCUGGACGGACGCCACGUCGUGUUCGGCAAGGUGGUGGAGGGCAUGGACGUCGUGCGGAAGAUCGAAAAGACCGCCACCGACGGUCGGGACAAGCCCGUCCAGGAUGUGGUCAUUGCCGACAGUGGCUCGCUGCCGGUGGACACGCCGUACGCCGUGGAGAAGGCCGAUGCGCGCGAUUAGGGUUUUGGAACUUCCGGGUGGAGUGUGGAGGGGAUACUGAUCGAAAAGAGAGUGCAUUUAAUGUGAUCAAAAGAUGAUAAAUGAAAGAUGAGUAAUAAAAUGAACGAUGAAUGAUUUUUAAGA